CGACAGUUUCCAACGUCAACAGUCUACAGGAACAAAGUUCACACUCUUCACAGACCCCGGGUAUUGAGGACUAUGGCUUCUGUUUCCAUGCUCAAGCUCCUCCUGACUCAAGCUGCCCUAGUUCUGACCCAGACCCAGGCUAGCUCGCACUCGCUGCGGUAUUUCCACACCAUCGUGUCCCGGCCCGGCCUCGGGGAGCCCCGGUACAUCGCCAUCGGCUACGUGGACGACACGCAGUUCGUGCGCUUCGACAGCGACGCGGAGAAUCCGAGGAUGGAGCCGCGGGCGGCGUGGAUGGAGCCGGAGGGGCCGGAGUAUUGGGAGAAGGAGACACGGAAAGCCAGGAACACAGGGAAGAACUUCAGAUCGAACCUCAAGACCCUGCUUGGCUACUACAAUCAGACUGACGAUGAGCCUCACACGCUGCAAUGGAUGUACGGCUGCGACCUGGGGCCGGACGGGCACCUGCUCCGCGGGUAUUGUCAAGAGGCCUACGAUGGCCACGAUUAUAUCUCCUUAAACGAGGACCUGCGCACCUGGACGGCAACUGACCUGGCCUCUCAGAUCUCUAAGCUAAAGUCCGAAAAGACAGACGAGGCCUACCACCAGAGGGCGUACCUGCAGGGUCCGUGCAUAGACUGGCUCCUGAAAUACCUGGAGUUGGGAAAGGCGACCCUGUUGCGCUCAGACCCCCCAAAGACACAUGUGACCCGUCAUCCUGGACCUAAGGGUGAUGUCACCCUGAGGUGCUGGGCCCUGGGCUUCUACCCUGCUGACAUCACCCUGACCUGGCAGAGAGAGGAGGAAGAACAGACUCAGGACAUGGAGCUGGUGGAGACCAGACCUUCUGGGGAUGGAACCUUCCAGAAGUGGGCAGCUGUGGUGGUGCCUUCUGGGGAGGAACAGAAGUACACAUGCCAUGUGCAACAUGAGGGGCUGCCUGAGCCCCUCACCCUGAGAUGGGAGCCUCCUCAGUCCACUGUCCCCAUCAUGGCAGUCAUUGCUGUCCUGGUUCUCCUUGGAGCUCUGACCAUCAUUGGAGCUGUGGUGGCUGUGGUGAGGAAGAGGAGGAGAAAUGCAGGUGGAAAAGAAGGCUAUGAUCAUGUUGUAGGCAGGGACAGUGCCCAGAGCUCUGACUUUUCUCUGGAGGCUUGAAAAGCUUCAGACAACAACUGCCUCCUGGGAUUGUGUAACAAGUUCUGAUUCAAGAAACAAAUGUCUGUGUUGCUUUCUCCUGUAAGGACAGUGAAGAUCCGGGAGCCCGGCCCUGCCUAACAGCAUGCUGAUCCUGCGAUUUAUCAGAAAAGUGACUUCUUAGACUGUCAUUUUGGUGAAUAAAAUAUGCUUUCACUUCUGAUCCUUUAGCUAAGGUCUCAUCAAAACAUAAAAUAACUUUAGUGCCACUUUUCCACCUGAAAAAAAAAAAAAGAACAAAAACUGGCUUUCUGCAUGUGUUUCUAACCUUAUUUUUAUAUUAUAAAAUUCAAGGUUUAACUAAAUGUUUAUGCAGAGUAUCUUAACAUUCAGGGCUCUCUCUAGGUCACUGAUUCUUGCCCUGUGCCUCUCUGCCUGAUUUGAAGACUAUACAUCAAGGAAGCUGACUGGACACCCAAGCAUUGCCAUGGUUUUACUGUCAAUGUGACUUUUUCAAGCCUGAGUGUAGAGCGAAUUGGCCUUUAUAAAAACCCAGAGGCAGAUAAAGAGGUUAAUGCUGAAAGAUCAGAGAAACAGAGCAGCCAGCCACUGGUUCUUACCUGUAUUGAAUCCUCAGACCAAAGGGUCAAUCCUGUCCCCAUGAAUCCUGACUGAAUGUUGUCUGUAUGGAAAACCUUUUGAUUUCUUAUGUAUUUAUAGAAUGACUUUGUCUCUAUUGUUUAUUUAAUAAAUGUAAUAUGACCUUCAGAA